AUGUCAUCAGUUCGUCAUGUGGACAAAAAUAUCAUAUUUGUGCUUAAGGACUAGUAGUAGAAUAAUGAAAUGAAACGAUAAAUCCGCAAAAUUAAUAAAGAGAAACUAAAAAUAAUCUUGUAAAUAAGUGGAUGCAAAGCUUCUCAUUCGUAUCACCUUUGUGAAAAAAUAUUUGUUUAAAUACUCAGUAAAUUGUCUGAAAAUAUUGAGAAGCAAAAGAAUGCCAUCCUCUUUGAUCAAAUUUCUAAUCCCUAAUUUAAACAAAUUACUAUAACUGAGAAAGAGUUUAAGGAACAUGUAUUUAGUUCACUCCUUGAAAAAAAAUAUAUUCAAGUCAAAGGAGAACUAUAUAGAGAAGAUUUCGAAAUAGCAUGGAAUCUUACAGAAAAGAAACAGCCAUUAAUAAUUUUAUUGGGAGGUACAUCAGGUACAGGCAAAAGUACAGCAAGCAGUAUUUUAGCAUCAAGAUUUGGGAUUUCUACAGUUUUAAGUACGGAUUCUAUAAGACAUAUUAUGAGGAAUUUCCUAUCCAAAGAUGAUAAUCCAGUAUUAUUUGCUAGUACAUAUGAAGCUGGUAAGACGUUGCCAGACUUAAAUAUUAGUGAUCAAAGAAGGAUAAUCAAAGGCUAUAAAGCAUAAUGCCAAUUAGUUUAAUAGAGAUUAGAAUAUGUCAUAGAGACUUUUAAUGAAAAGAUGGAGUCUAUUAUUAUUGAGGGAGUACAUUUGACACCAAUAUUCAUGAUGAAAAUGAUGAAAAAAUACAAGAGAGUGUUACCGUUUGCUAUUUGCAUUAAGAAGGAAUCAAAACAUAAGGAGAGAUUUGCAGUUAGAUCUAAAUAUAUGACCUUAGAUUCGAGACAUAAUAAAUAUAUUGAAAACUUUCAGAAUAUUAGAUUGAUUCAGAAAUGGUUCCUAGAAAAAGCAGAUGAGUUUCUAAUUCCUAAAGUUGAUAAUGUGAACGUUGAUAAAAGUAUUGACACCAUCCAUAGAACCAUAAUUCAAUACAUUAAACAUUCUUGUGAAGAUUUAUAAAUUAAUGAACUCAAGAAUGCAUUACCCAUUUAUGAGGAGUUUAAUAAAAUUAUCAGCAGUGUAAUCAGUGAUGCUUAAAAUUCAAAAGAGGUUAAGGAUUAUAUUCAUAGCAAAGUCAAUAAAUCAGAAAUAGUUGAAUAAUUCAUUCAAUAAAUGAAUGAGUAUUAAGUUGAUACAGGCACUCCUCCCUUUCAAGAGAGUGAUAAAUCCAAUCCAAAAGUGCUCAUCCAAUAAUCUGUGUAAAAGUUCAAUGAAAUCAAUUCAAAAAAUGAAAAAUCAGAUAAUUAAAAUAAUCUAACCAAUAAAACAGAGGUCAAUUACAUUGUUGAUGAUUAAAAUGAAAAGAAAGACAAUAUUAAUCAUAUAAGCGAUUAAGAAGAUGAAACUGAAGAACGAAGGAGAAGAAAUCAAGAUACAAAUACUAUUGAAAAAUUAAAAAAGACUAAAUCCUUAGAAACACUUGUGACAGUUGCAAAUGAAGAAUAGAUUUAAAAGGAACCCAUUAAAGAAUAGACUGUUAAAAAGAAUUUGAGAGUGGUGUUCCAGGAAUUAGAAAAUGAAAAGGAAGAAUAAGAAUUCAUUGAAUAACGACCUCAUAAGACCAAUUACAAAGGGAUUCUUCAACAUCUAACAAAACAUAAAAGAAUAUUUAUCAGUAAGAGCAUUCCAUCAUCCAAUCUUAUUUUUAUAAAGAAAAUGAUAUCUAAUUAUAAUAAGAAUUAUCAAAGUCAUGAUAGAAUUAAGUUACUCUAGAACAAUGAUGGAAGUUAUUGCUUAUUUAAAAUUAAUGUGCAAAAAAUUCAUAGAAAAAAUGCAUCCAGAGAAGAAUCUUCAAGUGAACCUGAUGAUAAUGAUUAAUCUAUUGCUCAAUAAGGCAAAUCAUUCAUGACUCCAUCUAACUUCCCAUUUAGUGAGAGAAGAGAUCAAUCGGAUGGAGAUUCUGUAAGAUUUCGAAAUGAUGGAAUCAGUGAUGAAGAAGAAAUUGAAAAUGAUAAUGAUGCUGUUAAUUCUGUUGAAGAAGUAUCAAGUUCUGAGGAAGGAGGAGAUUUAGAAAAUUUGAAAUCUAAAAUGAAUGAUGAUGAAGAAGAUUAUUUUGAACUCUAAAAUAUCAUAGAGGAGGAUGAAUUUUAAGAGGAGAUAGAAUAGCAAAUGCAUAAUGAUUUGAUUCAAUAGAAGGUUGUCUGA